AUGGGUUGGUUUGACGGCGCCUCGGAAUCAGGACGAUCGCACUCCUCUCGACAUCAUUCCUCCUCGCAUUCGAAUUCCAAGAAAAAGCAUCGUUCCACCUCCCAUUCCACUCAUCACAAUAAUUCCUCUGGACUUCUCGGAAGUGCGCUCGGAGGUACAUCUUCUAAAUCAAGCCAUCGCGAGCGUUCGAGAAGUCGUACUCGAGGCUCCGGAAGCAUUUAUGGCAGUGGAGAUGCGAAACAUAAUUCCAGUCGGAGCAGUUUCUUUGGCCCCAAUUCCCGCUCCACAUCCCACUACAAACGUUCUCCGCGCCCCAACUACCUAAAAAGCAUGUAUGCCAAACUGCGCGAACUCCUCCGCGAUCUCAUCUACUAUAUGAAACGACACCCAUACAAAGUAUUCAUGCUCGUAAUUAUGCCCCUAAUAACAGGCGGAGCACUAGCAGGACUCUUAAAAAAAUUCGGGGUCCGAUUACCAGGCGGACUGGAGAAGUUGAUUGGAGGCGGAAGGGGAGGAGGCGGCGCGCCAAGUGCAUCUUUAGGAAAUGCGAGGAGUGGGACUUAUGAGUAUGAGAGGAGUAGUGUGAAGGGUAGUGGGGGUGCGAUGGCGAGAUUGGAGGCGCUCACUGGUGGGGUGGAUGGCGUGGGAGGGGUAAUGAAGUUGGCGAAAUUGUUUAUUUGA